AAUAAGGAAGCAUUAAGUAAUAUGGAUGAUUAUGACAAAACCUGCUUGGAGUCUGCAUUAGUUGGUGUUUGCAACAUUGUUCAGCAAGAAUGGGGUGGUGCGAUUCCUUGCCAGGUUGUUCUGGUGACAGAUGGCUGUCUUGGCAUUGGUAGAGGGUCACUACGACAUUCCCUAGCUACUCACAAUCAACGAAGUGAAAACAACAGGUUUCCACUACCUUUUCCUUUCCCAUCUAAGUUAUAUAUCAUGUGCAUGGCAAAUUUGGAGGAGCUUCAGAGCACCGAUUCCUUAGAAUGCCUUGAACGUCUCAUAGAUUUAAACAACGGUGAGGGGCAGAUUUUUACUAUUGAUGGCCCUCUGUGCUUGAAAAAUGUACAGUCUAUGUUUGGAAAAUUGAUAGACCUGGCAUAUACACCUUUCCAUGCUGUUCUCAAAUGUGGCCACCUAACUGCUGAUGUACAAGUCUUCCCCAGGCCAGAACCUUUUGUUGUAGAUGAAGAAAUUGAUCCUAUCCCUAAAGUCAUUAACACAGAUUUGGAAAUAGUGGGAUUUAUUGAUAUAGCUGAUAUUUCAAGUCCCCCAGUUCUGUCCAGACAUCUGGUCUUGCCUAUAGCACUUAACAAAGAAGGUGAUGAGGUGGGUACUGGCAUCACUGAUGACAACGAAGAUGAAAAUUCAGCCAAUCAGAUUGCAGGCAAAAUACCCAACUUUUGUGUCCUGCUUCAUGGCAGCCUAAAAGUAGAAGGAAUGGUAGCGAUUGUUCAAUUAGGUCCUGAAUGGCAUGGAAUGCUCUACUCCCAAGCUGACAGCAAGAAGAAAUCAAACCUCAUGAUGUCUCUCUUUGAGCCUGGCCCAGAACCUCUCCCAUGGCUAGGGAAAAUGGCACAGUUGGGUCCUAUUUCAGAUGCCAAAGAAAACCCUUAUGGUGAGGAUGACAAUAAGAGCCCAUUCCCCCUGCAGCCCAAAAACAAACGCAGUUAUGCCCAGAAUGUGACUGUCUGGAUCAAGCCCAGUGGCCUGCAGACAGAUGUACAGAAGAUUUUAAGAAAUGCGAGGAAACUACCUGAAAAAACACAGACAUUCUAUAAGGAGCUAAACCGUCUGCGAAAGGCUGCCCUGGCCUUUGGUUUCCUGGACCUCCUGAAAGGGGUGGCUGACAUGCUGGAGAGGGAGUGCACGCUGCUGCCCGACACAGCCCACCCCGACGCCGCGUUCCAGCUGACCCACGCUGCCCAGCAGCUCAAGCUGGCCAGUACUGGCACCUCCGAGUAUGCGGCUUAUGACCAGAACAUCACACCGCUGCAUACGGACUUCUCUGGGAGCAGCACUGACAGGAUGUGAAGCUGACUCUUGGAGCCUUCCUUUUUCAUUUCAGCUGAAAAUGGUUUCGUUUCCAGUAUGUUCACCUCUGGAAGAGCCGCCCAAAGACUUCGCUGAGGCUGCCGCAGAAUGACACUUGCUGUUUUCAGUGACUUCGUGUGAGAACGGUCUGAAGGGUGGCUGGCUGGUUGGGCUUUAACUUUAGCUUCCUGGGGCUAAUAAUCCUUAAACCCCAAAGACAGCUGUGGGCACAUCUGCUAAGAAGCUUGAAUGACUGAUGAGCACAGAGCUCCCCACCUUCCUCAGGAAACCUGCCCAGCAAGGGUUCUCCGGCUUCUGAAAGCAUCUUCUCUUCGCUCCAGUUUUACAUCUCAAUGGUAAGGGCACUUUCAAGCUCUGUUCUUGGGAUGAGCAACUCAGACCAUUUGGGGCUUGCUAAGUACAAACCCAACACCACUAAGUUUCAGAACUUUCCUUAGAACUUUGGGCAAAACGUGCUCAUAGCCCUCAGGUGCUUUUGGUGUAUCUUAAGAUAGAUACAGACUUUUAAAGAGCUGACACGUGUAAAAUGAUUUCUGUUUCUUCAAGUUUUUUUUUUAAUGAAAUAAAAUACUGGAUUUUUUUUAUAAUAUGGUUUCACUGUGAAA